AUAGCGCAAUUACAUUCAAAAGCAAAGCAAACUAGCGAGCGAAGAAAUAAAUUUACGAUUUUAAAAAGUGAUAACAUAGGUUAUAAAUUAAUAAAUAAACCAGCUGACAGUGUAAUUAACAAAAUUAUGAGUGCACCUGCUAUAGGAAUAGAUCUCGGUACCACAUAUUCUUGUGUUGGGGUAUUCCAGCACGGGAAAGUGGAAAUCAUCGCAAAUGACCAGGGCAACAGAACCACGCCUAGCUACGUCGCGUUCACAGACUCCGAGAGAUUGAUUGGUGAUGCGGCCAAGAAUCAAGCAGCAAUGAACCCGGCAAACACGGUCUUUGACGCAAAACGCCUGAUAGGUCGCAAGUUCGAUGACCAGAGUGUUCAAAAUGAUGCCAAACAUUGGCCGUUUAAAAUCGUCAAUGACGGAGGCAAGCCGAAAAUCCGAGCGGAAUACAAAGGAGAGAAUAAAACUUUUGCACCGGAAGAGAUUAGUUCAAUGGUUCUGACAAAAAUGAAGGAAACUGCAGAAGCAUAUCUUGGUCAGAAAAUUAAAAACGCUGUUGUGACAGUACCAGCUUACUUCAAUGAUGCUCAAAGACUCGCCACGAAAGAUGCCGGGGCAAUUGCUGGACUUAAUGUCAUGAGAAUCAUCAACGAGCCGACAGCCGCUGCCUUAGCGUAUGGACUUGAUAAAAACUUAAACGAUGAAAAGAAUGUGUUAAUAUUUGACCUUGGAGGAGGAACAUUUGAUGUGUCCAUUCUUACAAUUGAUGAAGGAUCUAUUUUCGAAGUAAGAUCUACAGCAGGAGAUACACAUCUUGGAGGUGAGGAUUUUGAUAACAGAAUGGUCAAUCACUUUGUUGAGGAGUUCAAACGUAAACAUAAAAAAGACAUGAGUAAAAAUGCACGAAGUUUACGUCGAUUGAGGACGGCGUGUGAGCGAGCAAAGAGAACAUUGUCUAGCAGUGCCGAAGCAAAUAUCGAAAUUGACUCUUUGUUUGAAGGCAUUGACUUCUAUACCAAAAUUACAAGAGCAAGGUUCGAGGAAUUGUGUUCUGACCUGUUUCGAGCAACAAUGGAACCAGUCGAAAAAGCCCUCCGUGACGCAAAGCUUGAUAAAUCUAAGAUCCAUGAAGUUGUUCUUGUUGGUGGAUCAACAAGAAUUCCAAAGAUUCAAAAACUGUUACAGGACUUUAUGAAUGGUAAGGAACUGAACAAAUCUAUUAACCCUGAUGAGGCUGUAGCAUACGGUGCUGCUGUCCAGGCAGCCAUAUUGUCUGGUGAUACAUCAGAAGCAAUCAAAGAUGUUCUUCUAGUCGAUGUUGCUCCUCUUUCACUUGGUAUAGAAACAGCAGGUGGUGUGAUGACGAAAAUCAUUGAACGAAAUACCAAAAUCCCGACGAAAGCGUCUCAGAUUUUUACAACAUAUUCCGACAAUCAACCAGCAGUCAGUAUUCAGGUAUUUGAAGGUGAAAGAGCGAUGACCAAGGACAACAAUUUACUAGGACGCUUUGACCUCACCGGAAUUCCACCAGCACCACGUGGAGUACCACAAAUUGAGGUGACUUUCGAUAUUGACGCUAAUGGAACUUUGAAUGUUUCUGCUCAAGAUCAGAGUAACAAUAAAAUGAACAAAAUUACGAUAAAGAAUGAGCGUGGUCGGCUUUCAAAAGAUGAUAUUGACAGAAUGGUAAAUGAAGCAGAGAAAUAUCGCGAAGAGGACGAGAAACAAAGACAAAGAGUGGAUGCACGAAAUAAACUGGAAGCAUAUGUGUUCAGUGUGAAACAGUCUGUAUUAGAAGUGACAGACGAUAAAUUGUCGUCUGAAGACAAGGAAAUUGUGAAAAACACGUGUGAAGAAUGCGUAAAAUGGCUCGACAAUAAUAUAACAGCCGAAAAAGAGGAGUUUGAAUACAAACUUGAGGAAAUUCAGAAGAAAAUAUCACCUAUCAUGGUUAAACUACACGGAGGAAGAAAUCAAGGCCAGCAACAGAACACAGGAGCUGGACAAGGUGGACCUACUGUUGAAGAAGUAGAUUAAAUGAUAAAAUGAUAAUGUAUAAUAUUAUUGACAUAUAAAAUAGUAUGUUGAUUUCUUUACAAAAAAAAGUUGUUCGAGCAGUUUAUAAUUAUUGAAAAAUUUAGUUAACUUAAAUACCAGUAAAAAGGGCAUUUUCUCAUCAUGAUAAUAAUAUAAAUAUGUUGAAAUAAACUUCAAAAUGAUAUUGAAAGUAUAUAUUCAAACGAUAUUAUGUAUAAUUUUCAAACAUUACGGAUAUAAACUGCAUAAAUAUGAUUAAUAUUUGUUUUCGAAUGUUUUGUAUAUACAUGUACUAUUUUUGUUAAUGUUUUAUAUGUUAUAUUAGAAUGAAAAUCGUUAUUAUAUUGUAAAUCAUUGUUAUAUUUAUUCAUUCUGUGAUAUUUAUUUAUUAAAAUGACAAAGAAACAACA